AGGCGGUUUGAAAAAAAAAAGGUGUUGAAUGAAAAGUUAUGCGGAAGCGCAGGAAACUGCUGAACUUGGCCCGGAUGCAGCGACACCUAGACUUGUCACUGAAAACCGUCACGGGCAUUCUCCUAACCAUGAUCGUGAUCCAACUGGUGCUGAUUUAUUUGCAUGGCACAGACUCGUGCAAAUGGCUUCUGACAACUGGUCAUCUGCUCAGUAGCCUGGAAUGGAAGCCAUUUGGAUGUCGAAUGCAUUGGUAUUCCUUGGAUGACAUCACCGCGUGUUCUUCCGCGCUGACAAGAGUAAAUAAUGAUGGAACUCUGAAAAUGCUCCAGAUUGUCAUCUGGGGAGAUUCUAGAAACAGGAUGACGUUCAACUCUUUGCUGGAUAAUUUGGGAAAGUUCUGCUUGGAUCGGAUUUUCCAUGAAGGAGAAUAUUAUCGCGACGAAGACAAAUUUCUGGAGAUGCUGUUCGGAUGGGACCCCUUUUUGGAAUUUUUCCCUGAUUUCCCUGGAAAAGUUGUGCCGGAAAUUGUCAUUGCAGGGGACGCUUUGUGGUACAUGGCAGCAUGGGAUGGAGCUUUGCAAUCAACAGCCAUCCCGGGUUUCAAAAGAUGCCUAAGAAAAUGGGCCACAAAGGCUAGAAAACAUGCAAACACUACAACCUUCAUCUGGAAACUGCAAUACCUAAUCAGGGACGAUUGGGUUCCCCCAAUCACCACCAAAUUCCCAUUUAUAUCGAACCCGCGGAUGAAGGAAUUCAACGCAGCAGCGAUCGAAGUGCUGACUCGCGAAUUCCCAGAGAUAAUUAUCUGGUCGUCUUCCGAGAGUCUAAUUACUUCAUUAAUGACCAAGGGAUUCCUCACACACCGAGACGCGGCUCACACUAAAUUCGCUUCGGAAGAAUAUGAAGCUCAAAUUGUGUGGAACCUGGUUUGCAACAAAGUGCUGGAAUCCAGCACUGGUAAUGACCUGUGCUGUAACAAGGGAUUCGGACAUUCAACUUUUGCCGUUUUGCCAAUAAUCAUGAGCUUACUUUUGUUGACUGUUUCACUGGCAGUGAUUCGAUCAGCACUGAAGUGGCUGCUGCAAACAGGGCACCUGACCUCGGAUCUCCGCUGGCAACCCUGCGGAUGUUCAAUGCACUGGUACUCACCCAAGGAAGCAGCCAUUUGCAUGAACGAGUCUCUCAAGUUGAGCCAGGGCAACUAUAUUGGGUUCAGUGGGGAUUCCAGAGUCAGGAACUUGUACAACGUUUUUGUGCACAUGUUCGGACAGUGGCAACUGGAUUGGCACAUACACGCCAAUUCUUCUUUUCACUCGGAUCCCUUGACUGUGGAGUUUAUUUGGCGCAGUUUCGCUUCCGGGGUCUGGGGAUUUCCGCAAAGAGACGAAUAUCCGUUUGAGCCAACUCUGAUCAUUGUCGGGUCUGGGCUGUGGUAUGUGGAACCAGAAAACAUGCGAGGCAAAGAAACCACGGCGUUUCGGCGAGACCUUUUGCACUGGAUUGCCAAUUUGACCCGAUGGACCGACCCCGACUCGACACUGAUCAUCUGGAAAUUCGCGUCGGGACUCAGUCAUCGUCACAUUCCACCGCCAUCUUUUCCUGUCAACACAAACGCAAUCAUGGCCGAGAUAAACUCAAUUGCCAAAGAAUUGCUCUCGCCGAUUCCGAACAUAAUUGUUUGGGACAACGGAAUUCGAGUCACUGCAGAAUUGAAGCGUGUAAACCGCGUCAUUUGGCGGGAUUAUGCGCAUGAAACCGUGGGAGUUUCAGACGUGGAGACGCAAAUGAUACUGAAUAUUUAUUGCAAUGAAUUGAUGCAAUUUAUCGAUGGCACGUGUUGCACCACGGGGCUGAAGAAUGUUUUGAAAGGUCGUAGGAAUGUUGCAGGAAUGAUAAACAGCCAUGUGACUGUGAAACAGGUCUUGUGUAUGAUAGUUUUCCCUUACUGCGUGUUCCUGGAACUGAUGCUAGUGCAGCGCAGGAUGAGCGAUGCUCGCGACACCUGUGAACUACUUCUGCAAACAGGAAAAUUCGUGAAAAACAUCUGGACUCCUAGAGGGUGUUCAAUGCAUAUCUACUCAGCAUCCGAAAUGAAACAGUGUUUGCGAAUCUCGGCAAACCAGACAAAAAAGAUUAAUUACAUUGGUUUCAUUGGCGACUCGAGAGCAAGAGAUGCUUACCAGCUUUUUGCUGGACAUUUGACUUCAGACAGGAGAAGAUCAGUGAUGCAAACUGAUUUGUCAACGUAUGACAAAGAAUCCAAAACUUUGAUCAAGUUUCUUUGGAGGCCAUACUUGUAUCAAAAUUCAAACUUUCCUCAGGUAAAACCUUUAUUGAACCAGCCUGAUUUAAUAGUAGCCUCUGGUGGUGCUUGGUACAUGAUGGAAUUCUGGAACAUGAAAGGGGCAGACAUGGUGGCCUUCAGAAAGCAAAUGGCGUCCUGGCUCAACAAAAUGGCGUCUCGAUACCCAAGCUCAGUUAUUUUAUGGAAACUUCAAGUGCAACCUAGUGAUACAAUAAAGCCCCCACCUGGACACAAAAACAUAACAGAUGCCCAUUUCCAAGCCUUCAACAAAAUCGCGCAACAAACAGUGGAGUCCUUCAAUAACGACAGAAUCUUAGUCUGGAGUAACACGAGGCUAAUAAAAAGAGGGAUCCGAGGAUCCCUGAAACAUCUGGACAGGGAUUACUUGCACCCGGCGCACUCGUUGCUAGAAAUGGAAGUCCAGAUGGAACGUGUUGCAGGAGACUCGAGGACACAGAGUUGGAGGGACUCAAGUUUGAAAGAACCUUAG